AUGAGAACCCGAGGCCCACGGAAGGAGGCGGUCGGCGCGCGCGACAGCCCUCGGGGUCUCCCGGCGCUCGCGUCUCCACCCGGCCGACCCGGCGCGGGCCCUUCCUCCACGCCCUCUUCGCUGUCUCGCCCUGCCGGACCCGCCCCUCGGCCUCCCCUAGCACAAGAGUUAGCCCCACCCAGUCCGCCAGGCUCCGCCCCGCCUCGGUCCCGACCCUCCACCUCGCUCCGCCCAUUUAUGCCCCUGCCAGCCCAGGCUCCUCCCCUUGGCUCUCCCCACCAACCCCCGCCCCUCCCCGUCCUGCCCUGGCCUGUCACCAGGCCCCCUCUUCGGCCCGGCGCCCCCUCCAGCGUGCCUUGCGCGGCGGCGGCCCGGAAGCUGGCGUGGCGCGCUAGUCGCAGGGCGCUCAGGCGUUCAGAGGCGGGACUUCCGGUGGCGUUCGCGCGGGUCUUCCGGCCGACUCCUGGGGCCGGCGCGUCUCCGGGACAUGCAGGUGAGCGGCGCCGUGGCGGCCCGGGGUGGCGUCAGCGCCUCGACCCCGUGGCCUCGGUUCUCCUCCGCCGAGCGAGCCUGCGGGCCGUGCGUGUGAAAGCCGGAGGCGCGGCGCGAGGGAGAAUGGGCGUGACGGCGCGUGUGGCUGAGAGGCGGUGCGAGCGGUUGUAUGUGAGGGGGUCCCUGGGACGCGGCGGCCUUUUCGCGCUGGAGGGCGCCGCCGAGAUCCGAGGCCAGAGGCCGGGGCGGCGGGCCCGGGCCCCGGCGAGCUAG